UCACCAGAUGGUGCCACUGUGGGGCUUAUUGGACUUAUACCCUAAAAUAGACUUGUGGCAAAUAGCAACAAGGCCACCAGACUUAGUUUGCAGGACAGUUUCAUUAGACGCCUUUAGGUUCUUGUGGAGGGUUAGGGUUUAUCUGGUAGUCUUCCUUCAAUAUUAACCUACAAACCUAUAUGUAUAGGUCAUCACAGGAGAGCGGAGUAGCGGUGGGCGGAGCCUCGCUGCGUGUCGUCAUCACGCAGAAAGGUGCUGGAUGGGUAUCGCUAUGGUCCGUGCUACUUCAGUCUGCCGGAGACUGAAAGGGGGAGAUGUGAGAGCGACUACGGCAGCUUCAGCUGGCUUUACCUUUUACGGAUAACUAACGCCGUUAACAACCGGGAUAGGACACCGGCUCGGAUUUGAAGAUCUACCACCUCCAGCUGUCGUUAUUCAUUGGCGACACGCUGUGAGAGAAGGCUCCGCUCUGCUGUGCUACGGCGCGCCCCAGUCACUCGUCCUUGACGCCCAAAUGCUGUGUGCCAAUUGUCAUGCCACCCAUCCUCUGUGAGUUAUGACGGCCGCUUCGUUGACUCAGGAAAAAGGCUGCUCCUUGGCUCACCAGUGAGCAAGUCGCAUGAUGAAGGAGGGUCCUGGAAGUCUGCUCUUCAAGGAAUCUGCCAGCAGGAUAUGAGUAUUUUGAGCCCUGUGACAGCUAACAAAUCUAACCUUGUGGGAAUUGUGGGAGGCCCAGAAGAAUACUCCAGAGUCAUGCAGUCAGAGGAGCUAUUCAGCAGGAAGCUCAAAGCCUUGAGCGAUAGCAUGGGACCUCCAGCCUCCAGCAUGCAGGGGAAACCUGAUGGUGCAGGCAAAACAAAUGGUACUCCGGCAAUGCCUAAAAUGGGUGUCAGGGCCAGGGUCACAGAAUGGCCGCCAAGAAAAGACGGAUGGGACGGGCGGCCUUCGCCUAACUAUCAGAGUGUGAUACCCGUGUUUCAGAACGGCCAGCAGGAACACACUGUGGAAAUACUAGACCAAGGUGAAGCAGUCUGUCUGGAGGUGGACUACACUGACAAGUACACGCUGAGUGACUUUCUCUGCCACUCUCCGCUGAAGGGUCUGCACCCUAUCCGUCAGCGGAGCAACAGUGACGUUACCAUAAGUGACAUCGACUCUGAAGACGUAAUGGACCAGAAUGCCGUCAACCCAAACACUGGAGCCUCGCUGCACCGCGAGUACGGCAGCACAUCCUCCAUUGACCGCCAGGGCUUGACUGGGGAUGGCUUCUUCACCAUGCUUAAGGGCUACCGAGUUGAAACCCUGGACCACCGCAGUAUACCCCCUCUGGGUUUCCCUGAGUUGCUGCGCUGUGAUGCCUCGCUGUCCCCCAGCUUGCAGACAGCAGCACAAAUUGCAAGGGGUGAGAUAGUCCACAUUCCAGGCUAUGACUACAUAGACAGCUCCCUACUCUACAGCCGGGAACGGGAGAAGUCCUUCAUGAGACGUCUUAAAUCGGAGUCGUCAGAAACAUCACUGUUCAGGAAACUUCGGCCCAUAAAGAGUGAAAGUGACGCACUGCGGCUCUCAAUCGAGGACGACCGGCGACCGCUCAGCUUCCAAAAAUGCUUCGCCCACUACGAUGUGCAGAGUGUGCUUUUUAACAUCAGCGAGGCGGUGGCGAGCAGAGCUAACUUGAGCCAGAGGAAAAACACUACUACCGGUGCCUCAGCCGCCUCAGCUGGAGCUGGAGCUGGUGGAGUGUCCAUAGUUGGAGGCGGUGCUGGACCUGGAGCAGGAGCCGAUGGUGGAGCAGCAGGAUGCAACAGUGCAAAUACCCCCAUGUUUGAGUCUCCACUGGGCAGCAGAGAGGACUUGAACCCAAAGGAGAACCUGGAUGCAGACGAGGGGGAUGGGAAGAGCAACAGCUUGGUGCUGAGUUGCCCGCACUUUCGCAAUGAGAUUGGUGGCGAGAGCGAGAGGAAGAUCUCCCUCUCCAGAGCCAACAGUGUCAACUACAGCGGUUUGUCAGAGAGCUGCUCUUUCGAGUCGUCCCUAAGUUCACACUGCACCAACGCAGGAGUUUCUGUGUUGGAGGUGCCUCGAGAAAACCAGCCAAUCCACAGGGAAAAGGUCAAACGCUACAUCAUCGAGCACAUUGACCUUGGAGCAUACUACUACCACAAAUUCUUCUACGGGAGAGAGCAUCAGAAUUAUUUCGGUGUAGAUGACCAUCUUGGACCCGUGGCAGUCAGCAUCCGCAGGGAGAAGCUAGACGAUGGAAGGGAUAAGGAAGGGUCGCAGUACAACUAUCGGGUCACCUUUAGAACCAGUCAGCUGACCACCCUCCGUGGUGCCAUCCUGGAGGAUGCCAUUCCAUCCACGGCGAGACACGGGACGGCCCGCGGGCUGCCGCUCAAAGAAGUACUUGAAUACGUCAUCCCUGAGCUGAAUAUCCAGUGUCUGAGGCUGGCCAUGAACUCUCCCAAAGUCCCGGAACAGCUCCUCAAGCUGGAUGAGCAAGGGCUAAGCUUCCAGCACAAGGUGGGGGUACUCUACUGCAAGGCUGGCCAGAGCACAGAGGAAGAGAUGUACAACAACGAGAGUGCCGGCCCAGCGCUGGAUGAGUUCUUGGAUCUGCUUGGUCAGAGGGUGCGCCUCAAAGGCUUCACCAAGUACAGAGCUCAGCUGGAUAAUAAGACGGACUCCACAGGCACGCACUCUCUUUACACCACCUAUAAAGACUACGAGCUGAUGUUUCACGUGUCCACCAUGCUCCCCUACACACCCAACAACCGGCAGCAGUUGCUAAGGAAGAGGCACAUUGGCAAUGACAUUGUCACCAUAGUGUUUCAGGAGCCUGGGGCCCUUCCUUUCACUCCAAAAAACAUCCGCUCUCAUUUUCAACAUGUGUUUGUCAUUGUCAAAGUCCACAACCCGUGCACUGAUAACGUCUGCUACAGUGUGGCUGUGUCCAGAUCUAAAGACGUGCCUCCAUUUGGCCCCCCUAUUCCCAAGUCUGUAACUUUUCCAAAGUCCGCAGUUUUCAGGGACUUCCUGCUUGCCAAGGUCAUCAACGGAGAGAACGCAGCACACAAGUCGGAGAAGUUUCGGGCCAUGGCGACUCGUACGCGGCAGGAGUACCUGAAGGACCUAGCCGAGAACUUUGUCAGCACGGCCACUAUAGACUCAGCUGUCAAAUUCAGCUUCAUCAGCCUCGGAGGCAAGAAGAAGGAGAAGGUGAAACCCAGGAAGGACGCGCAUCUGUUCAGCGUGGGAGCGAUCACCUGGAGCGUCCGUGCCCGGGACUUUGGCCAGUCGCUGGACUUUGACUGCUUGCUUGGUAUAUCCAAUGAGUUCAUCGUGCUCAUUGAGGAGGAAUCAAAAAAUGUGAUCUUCAACUGUUCGUGCCGCGACGUCAUCGGGUGGACCUCAGGGAUUAUGAGCAUUAAGAUUUUCUACGAACGGGGCGAGUGUGUCAUGCUGUCCGCUCACGACAACUGCGGAGAAGACAUCCGGGAGAUGGUGCAGAGACUAGAGAUCGUCACCAGAGGGUGCGAAACCACGGAGAUGACACUUCGCCGGAAUGGCCUCGGCCAGCUCGGCUUCCACGUCAAUUUCGAGGGCAUCGUAGCCGACGUGGAGCCCUUUGGUUUCGCCUGGAAGGCAGGACUGAGACAAGGCAGCCGACUGGUGGAGAUCUGCAAGGUGGCCGUUGCUACCCUCACUCACGAGCAGAUGAUUGACCUGCUGCGCACCUCCGUCACCGUCAAAGUGGUUAUAAUUCAACCUUAUGAAGAUGGCACUCCCCGAAGGGGCUGCUCCGAGCUCUACCGCAUACCUAUGGUGGAGUACAAGGUGGACAGCGAGGGUACACCGUGCGAGUACAAGACGCCCUUCAGGAGAAAUACCACCUGGCAUCGGGUGCCCACGGCUGCCGGAGCGCUAUCCCGAGGCUCGCCCACUCAGGGCCCCGACCGCUUGCAGUGUCAGCAGAUCCUCCAGCAGCACCAAGCAGCUAUCCCGCGAAGCACCUCCUUUGACAGGAAGUUGCCAGAUGGUUCCAGAAUUGUUCAGGAUAUGGAGAAUCCCCAGGUCACCUCAUGUAACAAGGGAGACCAGCACUACCGCAGUUCCCCCAGCAACCAGUCGUCCUCCAGUGAUCCAGGGCCCUGUGGCAGCAGCACAUGGUCCCAGCAGCCUGGAUAUGAUGGGUGUCCCUCCCCUAUCCUGCAUGAGCUGGUAGGGGACAUCCAGGGAGGGGAUGGAGAGAUCCACAGAGAGCCCACCCUGGAGAGGACUAGGUCUGCAGAGGCCAAAUGGCACAUCCCCUCCACCAAGAUCCUGAACCCUCUGAAGCAAAGAGAAGGAGGAAAGGACUCGCCCAACAAGCUGUCCAGGGCGGGUGAUAAAAACUCAAGCCACUCAAGUAGCAACACUCUUUCAAGCAACGCCUCCAGCAACAGUGACGAUAAGCACUUUGGCUCUGGGGACCUGAUGGACCCCGAGAUGCUCGGCCUCACGUACAUCAAAGGCGCAUCCACUGACAGCGGCAUAGACACGAAUCCCUGCGUGGCCCCCGGGGCCCGAGUGUUGCUGCAGGGAAGAGUCGGGGAGCAGGGACACCCGUGGGUGUCGGAGCACCACGAGGAUGGGGCGUCGGAAGAGGAUCAUGGGAAAAUGUACCUACCGCAGGGCUAUGCUUCUGCCAUUUUGUCUAGCCAUGUGACAGAGGGCAGUAUCGGGGACCUGAGCGAGAUCUCGUCCCAUUCCAGUGGCUCACACCACUCUGGCAGUCCCCUGGCCCGUGGUGCCAGAUACUGUAUGUCUGCUGACUCCUCCAAGGUGUACACCAUCCCCCAGACCAACAGCUCAGGGCCAGAGCUGUUACAGGGGUCCGGGCUUGGGUCCGGCUCAGAGGCUUGUGGACAGGCACGCACACAGUCCAGUUGCAAAUUCACAGUGGGCGGGAAGGCGACUGAUGAUGAUGAUGAUGAUGAUGAUGCCGCCCACAGCACUGAGGAACCUCCCAACAUUUCAGAGUGUGGAGGAGCGGAAAGCUUGUUAACCUUCCUUCUCACAAUGCUGUCUGAGCGUUCAAGGCAGUUGUACGCACAAGAGGCCGCAUGCCGGCUCCAGGCCACUGAGCGGGAUGGAAAAUCUCUGCAGAGACUCUCGAAAGAGGAAUACGUUAAAAUGAUACUGCCCGACAGCCCACCAGGAGAAGACAGGAGUCGCAAGGUAUCAGCAGUGGACAGCUUGUCCCCCAGACGCUCGCUGUACCGAACGCUGUCCGACGAGAGCGUGUCCAGUAACCGGAAAGGCUCGUCGUACGCCAGCUCGCACAGCUCCAUGCUGGACCAAGCCAUGCCUAACGACAUCCUAUUCAGCACCACCCCACCUUACCACAGCACGCUGCCGCCUCGCAUGAUCCACAACCAGGGCGCGUCCAACCUGCGGAAUGAGUUUUGGUUCUCUGACGGCUCCUUGGCGGACAGGUCCAAGUUCAGCGACCCGGGCCUCAUGCCCCUCCCUGACACUGCCUCUGGGCUGGACUGGUCUCACCUGGUUGAUGCAGCACGAGCCUUCGAAGACCAGCGCGUGGCGUCCUUCUGCACCAUGACUGACAUGCAGCGGGUCGAGGCUCUGCAGAUCUCGAGAGAGCUGACCAGACGGGUGGUGGAGGCGGAAGGAGCGGCGCUGGGAGCAGACUCCCCCUCCACACUCACUGGCAAAGUCAACCAGUUAGAGGUGAUCCUGAGGCAGCUGCAGCACGACCUCAGAAAGGAGAAAGAGGAUAAGGCGAUGCUACAGGAAGAGGUGCAGCACCUGAGACAGGACAACAUGCGACUGCAGGAGGAGAGCCAGACCGCAGCGGCGCAGCUCAGGAAGUUCACAGAGUGGUUUUUUCACACCAUUGACAAGAAACCCUAAGACACAGAGAGCGAGAGAGGGAGAGAGAAAGCAUGAUGGCCUUUAUUCCUCACGGGCACCCACUCUACUCCUACUUAAGACUCCCAGAGGAUCCACAGGCAAACAAACUAUAAAACAAACCAUUACCAGCCCCCAAGAGUAAUCAAGACGCUUUCAAACAACCCCAUGUUUAGGAGACUAUUGUGCAGUCCUGGGUGAGAAACCUGAAACCCCGAUCUGGACUUUUACUUUUGGGAUCGUCCUCUGUCUGAAGCGCAGGGUCGUGUCUGAUUUAACUGGUGAACGAGGCUCUUGGGGAAACACCACCCCCACCUCCAUCUCCAGCACUAAAGAGGAAUCAAGAAAGACGACCCAGGGCCCCGCCUGUCCACGGGAUCUUCUUACAGUAGAGGAAUGUAAAGCUCAUUUACUGUAGUGAACAUAUAAUCUACCUACCUACGUAUGUCGCAUCGGUCUACUGUACUGUAUACUCAGCCGUACUGUAUCAUACUGCACACACUGUCACACAGCUGUUUCUGUGCCGGCCGUCACGGACACAGGAAAGUAUAGAGGGGCGAGGCGAGAGGGAGGAGGGGAGGAAUGUACUGGACAUAAUGAAGUGGUACUUACUGUCCGCUUGCACCAAGAGGAAUCCACAUGUGGCGCUCUUGAAACGUACGGCGGGGAGGGGGGGGGAAAUGAAUGUAGCUCAACUGAGAUCUUUCUUUUUUCUUUCUUCUCCUGCUUUCUGGUUUCCAAAGUCGCAAAAGUUUUGAGGUUUGCUGUUUUUCCAGACUUUUUGUUUCUUUGUUUUUGUUUUGUUUCUGAUGAAUUCCACAUUUUCCUUUCCUCUGUGUUGUAAUGUAGGGUCACAUGGCAGUAAUUUUGAUGUUUUAAAGGUGCUUUUCCCUACGCACAUUUGUCACUAGUUUCCCUUCACUGUCACAAUGUCCUAGCAAUAACAAAGUGGUAGUUACAAAACUGUGUUUUGUUUUUUUUAUUUAAAUUUUUCGUUUUUUAAAAGAAGUUACCACAAGCGUAAAGAGUUCCUGUCGAGUCGCAGUUGUAUUUGACGUGUAUUUAUGAAACAAGGAAGAGACUGUGCCUAAAACUCUUGGUUGUCGGUGGAUUGUUUCCCUUUGCUUUUAGUCCUUUUUGUAAACACACGCCUUGUCUGUGGCUCACUGAUAGAAAAAAAAAAAAAUGUGUGUGUGUGUCAGAGAGAGAGAGUUUGUGUGAGUGUGAGUGUGUGUGUAGUUUAUCACAGGAAAAUGUGUUCUUAUGCAGUGGUUUCUAGAGCAUUAGAGCAAGCGCCAGUGAACCACACUUACAAUGCCAAAUGUGUUUAUUUUCUGUACAUACCUGCCACAGAAGUGUCUUGUAUUUAACACUAUUAUUUAAGCUUAUUUAACCUAAAGUUGUUUAUUUUAUUAAGGGUAUUUGUUUUGUUUUGUUUUUUGUUUUUUGUUUUUCUCCACUAAGGAGAGAUGAAGCUCUGUGUAUGUUGUAAAGUGUGUAGCUUGCCGGGGCAAAAAAAAAAAAGAAAAACAACAACAAAACUAUAUAUUUAAAUAUAUAAAUGAUGAUUUUGGAGAUUCCAACAUUUGGAUGCUGCUAGAUUAACAGUUUGCUGGUUUGUAUGCUUUUAAAAACUGUCUCUCUCCAUGAACUGUCUCAUCCCUGGUGAGACAUUGGGCGCUUUUUUUGUUUUUUUUUUUUUUAAAUAAAUGUAGUUGUAAAAAUAA